GCCUUUCUCUAUCCCAUAUGAUUCCUCGAAGGCCCUUCUAGCAUAAGGAUCACAGCAAUUUGCUCUGUCUUCCCCAUCCACCUGGACCGACACUCCUCCUAGCCCGCCCACCCACCACCACCAGCUCCUGUAGCUGCCACGCAGCUGGCCGGGGAAGAAAAGGGAGAGGGUCCCGGGAGCGGGUGGCGAGCAGGGUGGCGUCUGGAAGGGAUUUAACCUCCUACCCCCAGUUCCACGACGCCACUCCCUGCAAAGACUGGGACGGAGCCUCCAUUUUUGUUUGGGGGGGCAGGCAGGGGCUCCAGGAUGGAAGGUUGAGGGGGGACGGUGAUUGGCGCCUGGGGGGGUGCAGUCGGCUGUUUCCCUCAGUUUGCACCCCCUUCACAAUCACCCCCGCCCCCGCCACCUUCUCGGGGUCUCCCCCCCUUGUUGCUAAGGCCCAGGCCGUCAUCCCAGCAACAGCCUCAGUCAUGUGAUCGGCAAUGGCGGCGCUGACGAGAGUCCUGGUCAGCUGAGUGUGGAAUAGAGGGAUUUCUGCCGCUGUCAUCGUCCAUGGGCUUUCAAGGUCACACCACCUACAAGUAGGGAGCAGGGACAGAAAGAGAGCCUGCAUGCCAUUUCUAAGCUCUUCAGGAUCAAAUGUCGUUCGUCCUGUCCAGAAUGGCAGCCUGUGGAGGCACCUGCAAGACCAAAGUGACUGUCUCCAAGCCUGUGUGGGACUUCCUGAGCAAGGAGACCCCAGCCCGGCUGGCCCGGCUUCGGGAGGAGCACCGUGUGUCCAUCCUCAUAGAUGGCGAAACUUCUGACAUCUAUGUUCUCCAGCUUUCCCCACAGGGCCCUCCCCCGGCCCCUCCCAAUGGGCUCUACCUGGCCCGGAAGGCUCUUAAGGGGCUGCUAAAAGAGGCGGAGAAAGAGCUGAAGAAAGCUCAGAGGCAGGGGGAGCUUAUGGGCUGCCUGGCUUUGGGGGGUGGGGGGGAACACCCUGAGCUGCACCGCCCAGGCCCACCCCCUCUCAGAGCAGCCCCACUCCUGCCCCCAGGGGCACGGGGUCUUCCCCCACCUCCUCCUCCCCUGCCCCCUCCUCUCCCUCCCCGCCUUCGGGAGGAGGCAGAAGAGCAAGAGAGUACCUGCCCCAUCUGUCUGGGGGAGAUCCAGAAUGCCAAGACGUUGGAGAAGUGCCGGCACUCUUUCUGUGAAGGCUGCAUCACCCGGGCCCUGCAGGUGAAAAAGGCCUGCCCCAUGUGUGGCCGCUUCUAUGGGCAGCUGGUGGGCAACCAGCCCCAGAAUGGGCGGAUGCUGGUCUCUAAGGACUCCACACUCCUACUGCCCAGCUAUGAGAAAUACGGCACCAUCGUCAUCCAGUAUGUCUUCCCGCCCGGUGUCCAGGGGGCUGAACACCCAAACCCAGGAGUUCGGUACCCUGGCACCACACGGGUGGCCUACCUCCCAGACUGCCCCGAGGGCAACAAGGUGCUGACCCUGUUCCGAAAGGCGUUUGACCAGCGUCUCACCUUCACUAUUGGCACGUCCAUGACCACAGGGAGACCGAAUGUCAUCACCUGGAACGACAUCCACCACAAGACCAGCUGCACAGGGGGACCCCAGCUGUUUGGGUACCCGGACCCCACCUACCUGACCCGGGUGCAAGAGGAGCUGAGAGCCAAGGGUAUCACAGACGAUUGAAGGACAUCCCCUUUGCCAAGGCCCCUGCCGUUCUCCUCCACUAGGACCCAACAGAAGCCUCUGUCCUUUUCUCCUUCUGCCCCCCAUACCACACAGUCGGGGACCUGUCUGACUGGGGAAGGAGUUCAAAGAGGGAGGGGGCCAUCCCUUUCUCUGUCCCCCGCAGGCCAAGUGCUUCAGUGCAGUGUGAGCCGCUCCCUUCUGACAGAGGCUGUUCCUCAGGCUCUGCCUCCCUCCUCCCCUGUACAUACUCCCAGUCUUCCUGCCCCCUCCAUUGCCCUUGGCUUUUUCUGGUAUGUGCUGUGCGCCAGUGACUAAGCUGAGAAAGGACCUGAGUGGGGAGGGGAAGGGGUCUUGAACCCCCCCACCCCCCAGUACAUCUCCACUGCUGAACUUCAGUGCAGGGGAGGGGGAUUCUAGCGGGUGUGAGCCCCCAUGGAGCCCGCGCUGUGUUACUCAGAACCAAUUCCCCAUCUACGUUAACCUUGCCCUUUCCUGUCUCUGUUUCUGUCCGUCUGUCUUCUCCUGCUCUUCUCUGUACCCAAUAAGGAGCCUCCUUACCCUGUUCUGGAACCACCGCCAAACUGUAGCUUUUAACUUAAUAAAAAUAAAGUAAAAUAUGCAACUCUA